CAGUGCAGAUCCCGACGUAGGGCUUGAUCCCAUGACCCUGGGAUCCUGACCUGAGCCGAAAUCAAGAGUUGGAUGUUCAACCAACUGAGCCAGCCAGGUGCCCCUCUUUUCACUCUUAAAGCAUACUGGCUUGGAUAAGAUAAUAUAGGGUCAUCAUAUGUAUGAGUAUAAUUAGGCAAUCAAGCAGGUGGCUGGGGUAAUUUUGAAGCCCUGAAACAAUUCCAAACAUGGACUAGAAUAUUCUGCCAAAUGAAUGAAGGGCAGGAACAGCAGAAUGCUAAAGAGUAGGAUCUCUGAUUAGGGUGACAAAGAGAAAGUCCCCAGGGUCAUUCAGGGAGUAAAUUAUUGAGGUUGGAGUCCAAUUCAAGAUUUUUAGCUACAGGGCCCUAGCUCCUGAUCAGUACUCUAUAUUGUGCUCAAUAAUUGUGAGCUCUAAGGAGGAAGAGGAUCGCAUAUUUUAUUUUCUGUUUUGUUCUCAGUGCCAAGAAAGUAUCUGGAACAUGGUCAAGUAAGUAAAGAAAUUUAUGCUGGCCUCCUUUGAAGGAAAUCUUGUUUGCUGUUGGAAAUCCGAUGUACUCUGUGACCACAAUGGGGCAGAUAGAAGAUUCAGACAGCAAAAUGUGUGGUGUGUCUGAAUUUUGAUACAGUUUCCAGGAGAAACAGCAUGUGGCUGUAAUGUACACAUAGUGACGAUAACCACCAUAUCUCAGUCCCUGACACUUCCUACUCCUUCCAUCCCCAGCAGAGAUAAGAACAACAUGAGGCCUAAGAACCAGAGCAGCAUGUCCGAGUUCCUACUCCUGGGGCUCCCCAUACGGCCAGAGCAGCAGGGCAUGUUCUUCACCCUGUUCCUGGGCAUGUACCUGACCACGGUGCUGGGGAACCUGCUCAUCAUCCUGCUCAUCAGGCUGGACUCUCGCCUCCACACGCCCAUGUACUUCUUCCUCAGCCACUUGGCCUUCUCUGAUAUCUCUUUCUCAUCUGUCACCGUCCCAAAGAUGCUGAUGAACAUGCAGACUCAGCACUUAUCCAUCCCCUAUGUGGCAUGCAUUUCCCAGAUGUAUUUUUUCAUAUUUUUUGUCUGUCUUGACAAUUUCCUUCUUGCAGUGAUGGCAUAUGACAGGUAUGUGGCCAUCUGUCAACCACUCCACUACACCACUGUCAUGAGGGAGGAGCUGUGUAUCUUACUGGUGGCUGGAUCCUGGUUCUUCUCUUGUGCCCAUGCCCUAUUGCAUACUCUCCUUCUGUCCCGCCUAGAUAAGAACAACAUGAGGCCUAAGAACCAGAGCAGCAUGUCCGAGUUCCUACUCCUGGGGCUCCCCAUACGGCCAGAGCAGCAGGGCAUGUUCUUCACCCUGUUCCUGGGCAUGUACCUGACCACGGUGCUGGGGAACCUGCUCAUCAUCCUGCUCAUCAGGCUGGACUCUCGCCUCCACACGCCCAUGUACUUCUUCCUCAGCCACUUGGCCUUCUCUGAUAUCUCUUUCUCAUCUGUCACCGUCCCAAAGAUGCUGAUGAACAUGCAGACUCAGCACUUAUCCAUCCCCUAUGUGGCAUGCAUUUCCCAGAUGUAUUUUUUCAUAUUUUUUGUCUGUCUUGACAAUUUCCUUCUUGCAGUGAUGGCAUAUGACAGGUAUGUGGCCAUCUGUCAACCACUCCACUACACCACUGUCAUGAGGGAGGAGCUGUGUAUCUUACUGGUGGCUGGAUCCUGGUUCUUCUCUUGUGCCCAUGCCCUAUUGCAUACUCUCCUUCUGUCCCGCCUGUCCUUCUGUGCUGACAAUACCAUCCCUCAUUUCUUUUGUGAUCUCACUGCCCUUUUGAAGUUGAUCUGCUCAGACACCUCCCUCAAUGAGCUAGUUAUCUUCACCGAGGGGGGAGUCUUUGCCUUCCUGCCAUUGUGUGCUAUUUUGGGCUCUUAUAUUCGCAUUGGGGCCACCAUCCUAGGGGUUCCCUCCAUCAAGAGGAUCUGCAAAGGCUUGUCCACCUGUGGCUCCCACCUUCUUGUGGUGUUUUUGUACUAUGGGACUCUUGCAAUGAUUUACUUCAUUCCUUCAUCAAACAAUUCCAAAGUCAAAGAUAUAAUUGCUUCAGUUAUAUAUACAGUGGUGACACCCAUGUUAAACCCCUUUAUCUAUAGCCUGAGGAACAGGGACAUGAAACUGGCUCUGGGGAUACUUUAUAGGAGGAAAAUUAUUUUUUCUAAGUAACAGUUACUCACUCAUAUUCUUAAUUGUCCUAGUGAUGUUUCUAGAGACACCUCCUUGAAAAAUUGUGUAGCUGACUGUUGUAGAUAGCAAAAAUGGCCAAAUUACUUCACUGCCCCUCUUAUAAAUGUGGUUUGUUUCCUUACCCACUGAAUCGGGACAGGACUUCUGACUGACUUUGACUAAUAGAUCAGUGAAAGUGGUGUGAGAUUUCCAAGCCUAUGUAGACUCUGUUUCUUCUCCUCUUGGAACCUUGAGACCACCAUGUGAAAUAGUCCAAGCUAGGGUGUGUGAAUAUGGGUGCCAUGUGAGGGAGAACCAAGAUGCUCCAGCUAACAAUCAACCAGCUCCCUGGUGACCUGGUAGGUGACAGCAGAAGCAUGAGUGAGCCCUUGUUGUGAUCAGUUGAACCAAACCCAGAUGAGAAGCCCUAUCCAGCUAGCACAUUCCCUGCUCAAAUUGCAAGUGCAUGGAAUUGUCAUAUAAACAAGUGGUUGUUGUUAAGCCACUAAAUUUGGGGAUGGUUUGUUAUGCAGCAAAAGCUAACUGAUACAUUGACUGCCUUUGUUUCCUUGUUUUCCUUGAUUUCAAUGGUCUCUCCCCCCUUUUUGAUCCCUACUUGGAUUGUAUUCCCUGCCUAUUUUUCAGGUUAUGAUCUCCAUAACCUAUUGCCUUCGUCUUAGGUAUCUUUUCUUGUCCUCAUUAUUCUCCCAUAAGCCUUGCUAUAUGGCAUUAUCAGCAACUCUCAUUUUUGUCAAGUCAACAUUUUAAGGUAUGGCCUUAUCUAUCUGAAGAGAAAUAAAUGAAUUGCUGUGAUAUCAAAACACAUGAACUUCUUUUUCUGAAGGAAGGUUACAAGUUCUGUUUCUUCUUGAAGAGAAACAAUCUUAGACUAAGAUUUGUGGUCUAAAUUAUACUGCAUUUUGUGUAAGUUAUACCUUCCUACCCCUUAACUUACUGAUGCCAAGUUAAAGAGAUAAGAAUUCUCAAAUGUGAGGGGAGCCUAGGUGGCUCAGUCAGUUAAGUGUCUGACUCUUGAUUCCAGCUCAGGUUACAAUCUCAUGGUUCGAGAGUUUGAGUCCCACAUU